ACUCAGCUUCCUGUAAUCCUCCGGCGCGGAGCCUAAUUCGGUUUCCUCUCAAUCGUCCGCGCGUGCCGUGCGAGCUUGCUCCGCGUGUCGGCGUGCCGCCGUCGUUGACGGUGGCGCUUACGCGCUUACGCACCGUGUCUCAUUAGGAAUGCGACACUCCGGGAAAAACGUGCAGCGCUGCUGAUCCGCCAGAGCAAGGGGGACUCGGAAAGUGGCAGCAACCGGGGAGUCUAGCUUCCGAAGUGCGGGACACCACGUCUUCGGGGGAGAAACAUGGCUUGGACUUGGAAGUUACUGGCGGCGCUCGCUACGUGGUCGGUUCUGUCGGCCCGUGCCGGCAGGAGGGAGAACCCCGUGGUGUCCACCAAGUACGGAUACGUGAUGGGACGCACGGAGACGGUUUUCAACAGGCCCGUGGACGCCUUCCUCGGAGUCCCGUUCGCCGAGCCGCCCCUGCGGGAGCUGCGCUUCAGGAGGCCCGUGCCCGUGAAGCCCUGGGACGGAAUCUACAACGCCGGUCAAAAGCCCUUCCCGUGCCUGCAGUAUGACACGUUUGUGACGAAGAAGAUCACCAUCGACGCGUCCAAUACGACGGAGGAUUGCCUUUACCUGAACAUCUGGACACCGGCGCUGCACUGUAAUACCAUCGAGCGAUGCAACACCAAGAGUGUCAUGAUAUUUUUUCACGGCGGAGGAUUUGAUACCGGAGGAAACAGCUACUUCUUCUACGACGGCGCCCAUUUGGCGGCUUUGGGCGACGUGGUAGUCGUGGUGCCCAACUACCGUCUGGGAGUCUUCGGGUUCAUGAACAUUGGUCACCCGGACGCCCCUGGAAACAUGGGUUUGAUGGACCAGCUGAUGGCCAUGCGAUGGGUGAAGGAGAACAUCAUCUACUUCGGCGGCAGGGAGGACUCCGUUACGUUGUUCGGCCAGAGCGCGGGAGCCAUGUCCAUUGGUUUUCACAUCGUCUCGCCAAUGAGCCGCGGCCUCUUCAAGAGAGCCAUCCUGCAGAGCGGCAGCCCGUACCUCCUCCAGCCGUCCAGCCUGAAAGCCGGCGUGGACAGAGUGGAACAGUUAGCGGAGGCCGUAGGCUGCUCCACCGAGAACGUGACCCUCUUCACUCACCGCCACCACGUGAUGGAGUGCCUCCGAUGGACCAACAGCUCCGUUCUUAUGGAACAGAACAAGGAACUGAACAUCCUGAACCCGGCCAGCUACUUCCCGUCGUACGGAGACGACUUCCUUCCCGACGACCCGAGAACGAUGAUCGAGCAGGGCAACUUCUCCCAGGUGGACAUCAUAAUCGGGACCAACAAGAACGAGGGAAGCCCCUUCAUCAGCUACUUCAUGGCCAAGGUCCUCAAACAGGACGACCCGCGGCGGUUGACGAGGGACGAGGUGGGCUUCUACCUGAUCCUGCUGUUCCAUCACGUGCUGGGCGUGAGCCCCAAGGAGAUCACGGCACACUACCUGCGCGACGUAGAGCCGCAGGACGGCCUGGGUGCCCUGACAGCCGCCGGAGACGCCAUCGGCGAUUUCCUCUUCCAGUGCCCCGUGAACUACUUCGCGGAAAGACUGGCCGCCCGAAAUAACACGGUGUACAUGUACUACUUCGACUACCGACCGAGCUACAGUUGGUGGGACGACUGGCUGGGGGUCGCACACUUCGACGAGUUCUUCUUCGUCUUCGGCACGCUGUUCCGGGAUAUGCGUUUCUCCACGGUUCGCGAACUCGAGUUCAGUUCCAAGUUGAUCCAGAUCUGGACUACCUUCGCCAAAAGAGGGAAAGUGCCGAAGAUUCGAGGACACCGGUGGCCCAAGUUCACCAACCGGUGGCCGCUGUUCCUGCACCUGAACCCCAGCAAUUUCUCCCUGGGCUGGGAGCCUCACGCCGACAACUGCAAGGUCUGGGACCGCUUCAUCAAGGUGACGCCGGACUUUGUGUCAACGAGGAACGACGACAACGAACGGACUGCCUAAGAAGGAUGGCGACGGUUGUGGUUCGUGAAACAUUACUUUGCAGUGCCUGUGACCCCAGUGUGCCGUGCAAUGUUCGCGACGCGCCGGAUGUGGAGGACUCAGCUACACACCUCGGGUACAACGUGGUCUAAAAAGAUCAAUCCAACACGUGAACUGUGUGCGUUCGGUCGGAAGACUGCUGUUAUUGUUUUUGUUGUUUUUAGGCAAAAACCAUGAACGUGCAGUGUUGAUUUCAAUGUCCUCUGCAUGUGGGUACGAUGUUUGUUAUGCCGAAGCCCUAUUAGCGUCAUCCGGCAAGGAAAAAAGAAUUCGAUGUAAUAUCACCUGUGACUGUUAUACUUCUUUUUACGCGAACGCUCGCUGAGGUAUUGUGUAAAAAGGAAUACGGAGGGGCGCAAUAAAUGAACUGGUG